AUGGAAACUAUCCAGGAGGUCAUUCCAUUUGCGAAGGAGAUGCUGAAUGCAGGGUCGAAGGGCUCCAUGAAGGUAUACCUGGUAGGCAGUACUUUUGCUGUCCUGGGGGUCAUGAGUGGAGUAGUGGAAGCGGUUUGCUCACUCUUCCCUGAUAACGGGCCUUAUGAAGAAGACCAACUGAGGGAGGAGCUGAUCACGGAGCAAACGCAGACACUGGAGACCGAGACCGUUGUUCCAGAGAUGGAGGAUGAGCUGGCCAGUGAGACAGAGGCCAAGGCCAAAGAACUGGCCACAGUCAGACAGAGGCGCAUGAGUUUCAGAGCUCAUGCUUCGUAA